CUAGUAUGACAGGGUGUACUUUAAUGUGUGACAGCUCUGGCAACGACUGGUCCUUGAAGCAUUUAACAGGUGUUUUUCAGAAACGGUUAUCAGAAGAAAUGACAUGAAAUCGAAAUCAACGCCCACGAUAGUGUAUGUCCAUGCCUUUUCACGCAUAGAAGUAUAACUAACCAUUGCUACUAUGGCGAAAUGGACGGUUACUCGACCUCGCUGUCCCUUGUUUCAUCCUAUCUUUGCCGUAAGCCUGAUCAGUGUUCUUGGCCUGCUGUUACAGAUGCUGAAUCUUGCCCUGAAAACUACAAGUAGGCCAUCCAUUUGGGACAGUGAAGGAAACAUUCACUCAUUCCUAAUUCCAACGGACGAAUUAAACUCAUCUGACAUUGAAUACCUGUCGUAUCAAAAGGCUUACGCGUAUCCCCCUGAAGAAGGCAAUCUGUCUCAGAUGAUUAGGGAUUACAUUUCACAUGACAAACCAAUACCCCUUAAAGUUAUCAAUCCUCAUCCAUUCUCAUACAUACAUCGUCCGUUGCCAUGCAGUUUCGAUAAUGGUGCUUCUGGCAAGAUGAUUGUGCUUAUAAAGUCCUUUGCUUUAAACUUUGGAUUUCGAAAGGCUCAAAGAACACUCUGGAAGAGCGUGAACCAGACAUCAAUGUGCUACGUGUUCAUGCUAGGUUAUAACGGUAAUCCGGGUGUUCAGAGGAGGAUAAAUGAGGAAGCCAAUCGCUAUAGGGACGUUAUGCAAGAAGAUUUCAUCGAUGCUUACUUCAACAACACUUACAAAACAAUCAUGGCGUAUAACUGGGUAGUACGAUAUUGUCCCGACGCUAAUAUUUUGCUGUUUCAGGACGACGAUUACCACGUUAAAUGGAAUGAAGUUGCAAUCUAUAUGCGGAAACAAUUCCAGGAUAAGAGUGAGAAUGUGUAUUGUGGUAGUCUGGCCCUUAAUGCCCCUCCAUAUAGAAAGGAGAAUACUAAGUGGUUUCUUACUUUCCAGGAUUAUCCUUUUGACCUGUUUCCGCCGUACAUAGGAGGGGGUGCAUAUGUUGUGUCUUUUGAUGUCGCUCAACGAUUUCAACGUGCAUUCUCUUAUGUCAGGUAUUUAGGUAUAGAUGAUGUCUAUCUCGGCAUUGUGGCCCAGAAACUGUCCAUUCGGUCAGAAAACGAGACUCUCUUAGACACAGUGAACAGAGAUUCACUAGCUAAAGAAUGUUCGCAUGUCGUUGAUAACAUCAUUAAUGACAAAUGUGAUUUAGCUGACAGGAAGCGGGAAAUAUUUGAGCUUGGGUUGCAGACGACAACACUUCCAACUAAAGCCAUAGUACUUGUAAAUGGUCAACCAGUUGAGGUGGAUGAUACUAUAUAUUUAUCAUACGACGAAGAAUUUGCAUAUCCUUUGAAAGUAAGACUUGAUGAAGCAGUGAAGGGUGUGGUACUAUACAACAACAAAAUUCGUUUUUCUCCUAUCAAUGUUCAUAAUUUUUCGACAAUAAAUCAGCCAUUGCCAUGUUCAUAUCCGUCGCAAACGGGGAGACAUCAAAACUUGCUCAUCCUUGUAAAAGUAGAUUCAAGCAAUUACAAAAUACGCAAUGAGAUCAGAUCUUUGUGGAAAUCUCUUAAUGAUCCUGCGAUCAGAGUGAUAUUCCUGCUAGGACAUUCCUCGAAAAUUCAAACUCGAGUCGACAAGGAAAGUGCUCACCACAAAGACAUUCUACAGGAAAAGUUCAAAGAGCACCAUAUGCACUCUACCCGCAAAAUUGUAAUGGGAUUUAACUGGGUAGAGACCAAAUGUUCUAAGGCCGACCUGGUGUUAGUGUUAGAGAGUAUAUACCACGUUAACUCGACACAGAUGAUAGAUCAUCUGCAAAGAUUAUCAAAGAAGAAAGACGUUUUCAUAGGUAAACUUUGGAAAAAUGUUAGUCCUCACAGAGAAAAAGAUAAUAAAUGGAAACUGAGUUAUGACCAUUAUCCAUUUGACAAAUUCCCUCCCUAUUUGUCAGGUGGAGCUUUCGUGACAUCUUUUAACAUUGUACGUAAGUUUAAAAUUGCUUUUCCAUAUGUUAAGUACUUCGGAAUUGACGAUGUUUACUUGGGUAUAAUUGCAAAGAAGCUUCGCAUAAUACCGACACACGACUCCUACUUUGAACCUCUUAGCACAAUAGCUCUUGUUAAGAGGUGCCCUCGAGAGUUUUAUAGGAUCGUUAAUGGACGAUGUGUGGAGCAGAAUUCUCUUCCGUCGUCAGGUUCUAAUAAACAUUAUAUGUGCAACAUUUUUCUUUACUUUUACCUUUCUGCGUACUCUUUUAUUCAAAUUUUAUAUUUCUGCUGAUGAAAUAAGUCUUAUUAUUAUAAUGACAAUUGAUUCUCAAUUUUGCUAAUUUUAUAUUAUAGCUAGCCAUUUGGCAUUUUGAAACAUGUUGAAUUGGAGAAAAAUAAUCUUUAUCCAAUAUUAAGCGAUGGUACUUUGUACAAGAAUAUAAUGUCUAGCCCUCAGCAGAGCCUGAGACUGGAAAUUUCAGAAUGUCGAGAUUUUGCAUGUUUACGCGAUAGAAGAUUGCUUUUCAGAUAGUUAACUUUAUACUAUCAAACUGCAUAAAAGUUAUUAAUGUUAUAAUAUUCUUUUCUUGGCUUUUACCAUAUUGAUAUGCAUACAACAUUUAUUUACAUACAAGAUGUGUAUUAUUUGUGUAUGUAUUGUCAAAAUAACAGUAUCAUUUUCCUUAUUUGAACCUGUUGCCAAUCUGUAUCACAAAAGAUUUCAUUUAAUACAUGCUUAACAUCCAUCCAAGUUCUAAGAAUGAAUUAUAUAUAAUAUUUGCAAUAUUUCAUUAAA